CUAUUUUUUUUCCUCACAAAACAGAAAAGAAAAUCGGACAUGAUGAUGAAUGAUGAUUAGUAAAAGGAGAAUCCACGUCAUCAACUACCGCGUUUUCCUCCCUUUCUAUUUUCUCGCUCUCUCUCCUCGCUGCUGACGACCGCGACGCCUUUGGCGUUUACCAGUCUUUUUCCUCUUCUUUCCUUCCUUUUUCCUCUUCUUUCAUUUCUUAGCUUCCCACAAACGAUUUUACCGGAAAAAAAAAGAAAAUACCUCCAAAAAAUUCUGCAGAAAUUGGAAAGAGAAUCAUCAUUUUGAGCUGAUUGGAUUAAUUAAUGGAUCAUUCCCUCUGCUACAAUGCAUCCUUUACCAAAAAUCUCCAUCUUUCGUAGAAAGUCAAGUCGUACUAGUACCGGAAGUGGUGGUGGUAGUAGUAGAAUGGGCCGCUGGGGAGGCGGCGGAAGUCCGGCCACACCGAAAUUGACGCCGAGGUUGGAAAGGCUUACCGCUUCCAAGAACUUUAAGUACGAGCUACCAUCGACGACUUCCGAAGACUCGUCGGAAUCUACUUCUUUUACUUUAUCGUCGUCGGCGUCGCCGGGAUUGAAAACGCGAUCGGCUGAUGCCUCUCCUCUGUGCUCCGUGUCUGACAGGACUAGCUUUCGGAUUGAAGGAACGCAGGAUGAAUGCGAAGUGAUUAUUCGAAGUUUGGGGUUUACUGGACCGGAGGAUUUUGCUAUUCCGGCUGAAGCUUGGGAGGCGAUGAAGGACCGGUCUCCCUCUGGUGUUGUAGUUUCCGGUUUCUCGCGGCUUAAUUUUGAAGUUCCAUGUCCGAAGGUUAGUAAUAUUGAUGGUCAGACUAAAAAUGCUUGCCCUAGGGUAAGGGAUGAUGUAAAUUAUUCGAAAUUGGAUGGAUUAGGGGGUUUAAAUUCCCGCAGUAGUAUUAGUUUAACUUGUUCGAAGACGGAGGGGAUUGAUUUUGGAUGCUCCGAUAGUAGUGCUAGCUCCGAUGUUAGCUUAGCAGGUCCGAAGAUUGUGGGCAUAGACUUCGGAUGUUCGGAUAGUUGUAAUAGAGACAGUUAUGAAAAUAGCAAGAAUAUUGUUGUAGUUUCUGAUGAUUGUGAUGUUGUCCGUGAGUUGUCCAAUAGGUUUAAUGAUUCUGAAAUUAGGGAAAUUGAUCCGACUUCGAGAACAACUGGGGCUGUUAAUGUUCAUUUUCUUGGGGAUAAAGAUGAAAUGGUUAAUGAGAGGGAGAGCAGUAGGAUAUUUGGCCGCGGUGGGAUUAAAGGUGCACGGCCGCCAGCUCUAGCCCCACCGCCUGCAAUGUCUUUGCCUGUUACUGAUAAUGGCUGUUCAACUUGGGAUAUCUUGAAGUCGUUUGGUCCCGAUAAUGGGAGGGAUUUCAGGUUUGGAGAUAGUGGUGCUGUUAGCUCGGAUGAUGAAGAUACUGGAGAUGGAUAUGAAGAAGAGCCCGAGGAGGUUCAUAAUGUCAUGGUGAGGAGUACAACUGGAGUUGCUGGUGUUCUCUUACGGUCGGGUUCUUGCUCAUUCACCACAAAUGACGAUGAUUCAUCUAGCACCACAACUGAACCUAUGUCAUCUAAUUCUCCCAAUGAUAAAUUUAUCUGCAUUAUCACAUAUUGGGAGAAAGGUGAACUUUUGGGCCGUGGAUCAUUUGGAUCGGUGUAUGAAGGGAUUGCUGACGAUGGGUUCUUUUUUGCUGUAAAAGAGGUAUCUCUUCUUGAUCAAGGAGAAGAAGCGAGACAGAGCAUUUACCAACUUGAACAGGAAAUUGCUCUUCUAAGCCAGUUCGAACAUGAGAACAUCGUGCAGUAUUAUGGCACCCAAAAGGAUGAAUGUAAACUUUUCAUCUUUUUGGAGCUCGUGACUAAAGGAUCACUGUUGAAUCUUUAUCAGAAGUAUAACCUUCGAGACUCGCAAGUGUCUGCCUAUACUAGACAAAUUCUACACGGGUUGAAGUAUCUCCAUGAUAGAAAUGUUAUUCACAGGGACAUCAAAUGUGCAAAUAUAUUGGUGGAUGCAAAUGGAUCUGUAAAACUUGCCGAUUUUGGUCUCGCGAAGGUCAUGACUUCUUUUCCCUCUCGUAAUUACCUUGUUAUCUUCUUUUGAUAGUCCUGAAAUAGUUCUUGAACUGUCCUGACAAUGCUAUUUUUGCUUAGGCAGGCCACUAAACUGAAUGAUGUUAAAUCUUGCAAGGGAACUCCAUUUUGGAUGGCUCCUGAGGUUGUUAACAGGAGGAACCAGGGAUAUGGUCUAGCAGCUGACAUAUGGAGCCUUGGUUGCACUGUAUUGGAGAUGUUGACUCAGCGGUUUCCAUACUCACAUUUGGAACCUGUAAGUUUAUCUCUCUACUUGUCAUCUUUGAUUAUUUUCUACGUCCCUGAUAAAUUUAUGAAGAAAAGUUCACAAUAUUUUUGAGUAGUAGUUUCAUUCUUUUUUUCCCCCCUUCAUUUUCAUAGUUUACAACUUCACAUUGUUCUACUGCCUUGGAGCUGCCAAAUGGUUUCCUUUAUUCCUUGAGUGAAUAGUUACAUUGGCUUAAGUUAGGUGCAUGCUUAGGAUCAGCUGCAGUUACUUUGCUUUUCUUUGCAGACCACUGCACCAAAAUGAGUUUCUAUGUCGUGUGUUGUCGUUUUACACAUAUCUAUGCUUGAGGCAAAAUGAUAUAUUGGCAAGCAAGAUUAAUUUAAAUUUGGAAACAGAAUAUUUGAAAUGUAACUUCAUUCACCAUAUGACAUCUAUUGUAACGACCAGCUUAUGUUAGACUAAGUCAGCAAUAAUGUUAUCAGAAUACUUGUUUAGUUGUCUCAUACUUUGCAUGUGCUCAGUUAUUAAUGGUUGCAUUGCGAAUUAGGUUACUGUAGUGGUAGAUGCCGAAAUUCGCAGCAUUGGUCAAAGAGUAGUUCUAAAAUGAAACCAACAUAGAUACUGUUUGAAACCUAACCAAUUGGAGAUCAUUUUGGAUUUGAUCUCUGGAGAUUGGAUAGUAACUUAGUAAUUUUGGUGAUAUGCUUUGGAAUUAUUAAUAUCUGUUGUUUAUGAUCUUUUAGUGGUUAGGAAGAUAUGAAUGGGGAAGUAUCCUUGUAGAAAGACAAUGUUUUUGUUAUUUAAUUUUAAAGUGGAAAAACUUUGGCAUGAAAUUACAUUAUUAGGGGAUAUAUAUAUCUUUCCGUCUUUACGUGGCUGACGUAACUAACUCCAUGGUGUGAUGAAAACGAGCAGAUGGCAGCAUUAUUUAGGAUCGGAAAAGGUGAACCACCGCAAAUCCCUGAUACUCUGUCUUGUGAUGCUAGGGAGUUCAUUCUACAGUGUCUACAAGUUAACCCAAGUGAUCGGCCAACUGCUGCCCAACUAUUGGAUCAUCCAUUUGUGAAGCGGCCACUCUCCUCCUCGUGCACAGCAUCUCCAUACCAUCCCAGCAGGCGUGUCUGAGCAACUCAUUGAAAGCAGUCGGUCUUUGUAUUCUACUACUGGAAAUUCCUACUGGCGGCUGACAACUCUCAUCGCCUUUUGAGAAUGACUUGUUCUUUGUUUCCGAGUGGUGACUUCUCAUUGAUCAUGUUCACCUUGCUUACUUUUGGACGAUGGCUCUGAAGAAUCCUUCAUAUUUUGCCACGAGGGUUGACUCAAAUGCGGUGGAGAAUUUGCAUAUUGAGACCAGAUCGCUAGUCGAUUGCAUAUUGAGACCAGAUCGCUAUUCCAUUGCUUGUACCUCAAAUGUUGGGAUAAAAAAGAGUUGAUAUCUGAAGUAUUCAAAUUGUUUUCCUGCUAGGCAAUUUGUUUCAGCCAAAGCAGAACAAAUUUUUUUUUUUUUUUUUGGGUAUGUCUCUAUUUCCUCUGUAGCCUGUGUUGAGAUUACAACUCGUCUGCUUUGGCAACAUUUGUAAAGAUCGAUCCUUUUUGCAUUAAAUGUAAAUAUUCACUAGGUUUUACUGUGUCUGCCACAGUUCCACACUUCCACUAGUAUAUAAAGUUCCAAGUUCAAAUCAUAUAUGCCCGCUUGUCCCGGCUGACAAGUGAGAAUCCAUAAUUACUUCAAAGGUUUUGAACCAGAGGAGUUAGAAGUCUGAAUCAGCUAAUUGUCCACUCUGAAUUUUUGUUUUUCUUUAAAGAUAAUUGUCCAAUAUAGAGUUCACUGAGCCACUUUGUCUUAGUCCCUGAAAGAUUAAUAAUAAUAACAAUGAGUGGGGAAAAGGGCCACUUUCUCUUCUUUGCUUUUAAGCAGGCAUGUUCCCCAUAUUCAUAUUCGUGUUGAAAUUAUUUUUUAACUUUUUAAUUUUUUACUGUUAGCAAUUGACCAGUAGUUGUAUUGUAUGUUCACGACUUUUCAGUUUUGU